ACUGUCUGUAUCUCUCUCUGUAUUUCUUUCUCUUUCUCUCUUCCUAUCCCUUUUCCCUCUCUUAUACUCAGUCGCUCUUGGCUUUUCUCUAUUCCCUCUGCCUCUCCUCUCAUCAAAAGCUUCCUCUUUCUCAUAUCCAUCAGUCUCACCCACAAUAUACAUACAUACUAAUAUAACAUAACUAUACAUAUAUAUAUACAUCCAUAAAUAUAUAUAUACAUACAUUGAUAUUGAUAAUACAUACACAAAUACAUAUUUAUAUAUACACAUACUCUCAUAUAUUUAUAUAUGUAUAUGUAUAUAUAUGCAGUAAAGAAGAAGAAAGCCUGUCGCUGCUUUCUCCUUCCCGUCAGUUCCCAUUCAUCCAUUCUUCCAUCCAUUCAUCGUUCCAUCCGAUAAAAAGCGCCACACACUCACUGAAUUAUUUCAUUUAAUUUUAUUUCUUCUCCGCCACGCUCAAAGAAAGGAACAUGGCCACGGAUGCUCUGAGUGCCAACCCUACUGAAAGUGUUGAUGCCUUGACAAGGGAGGCUGAUGUACUCAAAGCUAAAUUGGAAGAUGAAAAAGCCAAACUGAAUGAUGUCGAUAUGACGGUGGUAGCACAGAAACUAGAGAAUGUACCUUCAUUAAGCAUAAAACCUCGUCGACAACUGAAGGGUCACCAGGGCAAAGUUCUAUGUAUGGAUUGGUCAGCCGAUAAACGACACAUAGUCAGCUCAUCUCAGGAUGGCAAGAUGUUGGUAUGGGAUGCCUUUACAACCAACAAGGAACACGCAGUUACCAUGCCAACAACAUGGGUGAUGGCCUGUGCUUAUGGUCCUUCAGGAACUGUGGUGGCUUGCGGAGGUCUGGACAAUAAAUGUACCAUUUACCCACUAAGUUUGGAUGAAGAUCCUGCCAGUAAAAAGAAAGCUGUUGCUACACAUACCAGUUAUUUGUCCUGCUGUACAUUUACCACAUCUGAUCAACAGAUUCUAACAGGAAGUGGAGACAGUACAUGUGCACUGUGGGAUGUCGAAAGUGGCCAAUUGAUUCAAAGUUUUCAUGGACAUGCAGGAGAUGUUAUGAGUAUUAAUCUUUCACCUUCAGAAAAUGGUAACCAGUUUGUAUCCGGAGGUUGUGAUAAAGUUGCAAUGGUAUGGGACAUGAGAACUGGUGAAUGUACUCAAGUAUUUGAAGGCCAUGAAAACGACAUCAAUUCAGUCAGAUUCUUUCCCAGUGGUGAUGCAUUUGCUACUGGUUCUGAUGAUGCAACGUGUCGACUAUUUGACUUGCGAGCUGACCGAGAGGUGAACUGCUAUAAAAAAGAAAGUAUUAUUUUUGGUUGUAACUCUGUAGGAUUUUCAUUAAGUGGUCGGUUACUAUUUGCUGGCUAUAAUGACUAUAACGUAAAUAUAUGGGAUGUCCUUAAGAGCAACCGUAUCUGUGUAUUGUAUGGUCAUGAAAACCGUGUUAGUUGUCUUGGUGUAUCACCUGAUGGUACAGCUCUGUGUACUGGUAGCUGGGAUUACACACUAAAGGUUUGGGCUUGAAACCAACAGGCUGCUCUGCUAGAUUAAUAUUUUGCAAGUAUUUUCCGCAUCUGCAAGAGGUCCAAUUUACCAUCACCUCCUUGAAAAAUUUCUUGUUAUUUUGAUUCUAUUCAUCGACUUGCCUCUUACACAACAACAACAACAACAGCAGCAGCAGUAACAACAGAAAAAACAGCAGUAGCAACAAUAUCACUAAUAUUAUUAGGUUGACCAAUGUCCAAAUCUGGCUACUGUUCAAGUCCUGCCAAUUAAUGAUAGCUGAUUGAGAUUCAUUUUGUGUGUAUGCAUGAGACUGCUUUGUGUUUGAAUGUGCAUAUAUAUAUAUAUACACACACACACAUGAUUAUAUACAUACAUACAUACAUACAUACAUACUUACAUACAUGUGUUAUAUGUAUAAUGAUCUAUUCAAUAUGUAUGUGUGUGUGCACAAAGUCUAAAUAACAAAAGAUAAACACAAUUCACUUCUAUUUUCUGUUUUCCUGAAUAUAUAAAAAACUACAUGAAUGUGCGAUCACACACGCACAAGUAUAU